AAAUGAAUGAUUCCAAGUUCUACAGUGUUUGACCAUGGUUUACAUGGACUAUGAUUCCGUUGCGGAUGCGUUGUCUGAAUUUGGUUACUCCCUUCCAGAAAACGAUGAAAUUAUGAACAGAAUCAACUCUUUGGCGACUGAAUUCAACCUUGAAAUUGACGAUUUUGUCGACGAUCUUCUGGCAUCCGCUAUGAAUAUGAAGAAAAUGGUAGUGGACAGCGCUAUACUAGAUCAUAUGGAAGCAGAACUCAGCAAAAAACUGAAGAAAAAUCUCGAUGCAGUGAUGACCCCUUCAUCCUCGAAGCCUAAGCGGACAGCAUUCGGGGAACGACCCACCAGUCAGUACGCUAAUGUUUCUUGUAUGGAACUUGACGAGUCGAUCCAAGAAGAUUUCGGAUCAACCCAACUUCUUGGGAAAUACAGAGCUUUUGCGCCAGUUCUACCUUCACCUUCAAAUGCUAGGUAUCAGUCAAGAACCGAGAGAGGCAUAAUUGUUCAAGAGUCUCAAGGCUCAUUAUUCGUAAAAGGUUCAGCGGCAGGUGCUUCUGUCGCUGUUGAAGUGCUUUCUCCAAUUCCUUCCCAGAAGUAUGCUGCUGACAAGGCAUCCAAUGUGAUAGAUGCAAAAUUUGAACGCAUGUCCGUCUUCGCCGCUGCCUGCUGUGAUCAAAAUCCUGAGAUAACUGGUUGGUCCAUACCAGUGAAGAACUCCACCGAGUUGGAGUACGUAUAUGGUGAGAUUAUUCACGACUUGACUGAAAGUUCCGCGACAGGUGAUAAAACACUCUCACUUUUGAUGGAUGAUGAGAACGGCACCGUGAUUGAGUUAGAUUUCACUCGGUUGAAUGAAGUCAGCGUAUUUCCUGGACAGUUGGUCGCCUACUAUGGCUCAUUUGAAGGUGGUGAGCGUUUCGUGGCUGUCAAACAGUUUCAGCCUUCACCUUUGAAACUGUCACCUUUGCGAAGGCCUCCAAAUGAUGACAAUUUACGCAUAUGGUGUGCCUGCGGGCCUUUCACUACUGUGGAGAACUGCUCUUAUGAACCCCUUUGCGACCUGCUUGAGAUGGUCAAAGAAGAGCAGCCGCACCUGCUCAUACUGAUGGGUCCAUUCGUCGACAGCAAAAAUACUUUCAUCCAACGUGCGGAGUUUCCAGAAACUUAUGAUGGAGUACUUGAACAGUUGAUGCGCAAUAUUGCCAAAGCUCUGGACGGAUGUCGGACUGAACUCAUUCUGCAACCUGCGCCCUCGCGAGAUCUUUGUUGUGCUCCUUUCUUCCCCACGCCUCCUCUAGACAUAAGUUCCGAUGUUUGUAAGAGAAUGGGAAAGCGUUUGCAUUCGGUUCCUGAUCCAUGCAUUGUCCGCGUAAAUGGUAUAGAAAUUGCUCUAACUAGUAGCGAGAUUGUUGCACAUCUGAGUAAAAAUGAAUGGCAUCGCUCUGAAGAUCAAGAAAAUCGUGAUCGAAUCUCACGUCUAGCUUCACAUCUACUUAGCCAACGAUCCCUAUAUCCACUAUAUCCUCCAUGUUUGCCCAUGUCUACAGAAGAGAGUUUGAAAAUAUGUGCGCUGCAGAGUGCUCCACACAUUAUCAUUGCCUCGUCGGUUUUGUCCGCUUCGAUAAAGAACAUAAAUGGCACCGUAGUGGCGAAUCCCGGAAUAAUGGCACGUGGAGGCAUGGGCUCGUUCCUUCGAUGUGAUUUUGGGAGCGGUGGAGUACAAGAUGCUGCAAAUCUUGUUGAUAUCUCUAGAUUUGAAGUAAUCAGAAUAUGAAUUGACGUUGUUCAUUCUGCUCAAAUUUUAUAAAUGUUUGCAUAUUC